GUCGCGACGAAGCCGCCGCCGCCGCCGCCUCGGGCUUCCUGUUUGCGGGGCCUUGGCUGGGCCCCUGACCCGGAAGUGCCUCCCUGGGGCCCCCUCAGCACUUCCGCCCUGCCUGGGCUGGGCUCUCAAUGGGGGACCCCUUGGCCCGCGUCUCUGGAGGCUUCCCCAACGCAGCAGCCAUGGAAGAUCUUCUGCCAUUGAUCUUUCCACAGGGCUGGGACUCUGCUCCCAGCAAUACUCCUUUCGUGGAGAUAAUCGAACAACCCAAGCAGCGUGGCAUGCGUUUCCGCUACCAGUGCGAGGGACGCCUGGCUGGUUCCAUUCCUGGAGAGCGUAGCACCGAUACCACCAAGACUCAUCCGACCAUCAAGGUCCAUAACUACGUGGGUCCAGGUAAAGUUCGUAUCUCGCUGGUAACCAAAGAGGUUCCUUACCGGCCUCACCCCCACGAUCUGGUGGGAAAAGACUGCAAAGAGGGCUACUAUGAAGCCGAGCUUUCUCCAGAACGCUCCAUCCACAGCUUCCAGAACCUGGGGAUCCAGUGUGUGCGGAAACGGGACCUGGACAAAGCUGUGGCCAAGCGGAUCGAAACCAGCAACAAUCCAUUCAACGUCCCUGUGGAGGAGCUAAAAGGAGACUAUGAUCUGAAUGCGGUUCGGCUCUGUUUCCAGGUGUGGAUCCGGGAUCCAGGCAGCGGUCGCUUGGUCCAGCUGCCUCUGGUGAUCUCGCAACCAAUUUAUGACAACCGUGCUCCAAACACUGCCGAGCUGAAGAUCUGCCGGGUGAACCGUAAUUCAGGAAGCUGCCUGGGGGGAGAUGAGAUUUUCCUCCUUUGCGACAAAGUGCAGAAAGAGGACAUUGAAGUUCGCUUCUUCAAAGACUCGUGGGAGGCGAAGGGCUCCUUCUCCCAGGCUGAUGUCCACCGCCAAGUGGCCAUUGUCUUCAAAACCCCGCCGUACAUGGACCAAGCCCUCCGCGAACCUGUGACAGUCCAAAUGCAGCUGCGCCGCCCAUCCGACAAGGAAGUGAGCGGACCCAUGGAAUUCCGUUAUCUCCCCGAUGAAGGUGACUCUCAUCGUAUUGAGGAGAAGCGCAAACGGACACUCAGUACCUUCAAGAACUUUGUGCAGAAGACACCUUUUGCAGUUUCAGCUCCAGAAUCUCGCUCCCCACGCCGCAUUGCUGUUCCAAAACACAACGUAGUGCGGCCAAAUACCAGUGGGGUCACGGGAAUCAUGGGCGCAGCAGGACAAGCCCCACCGCUUGCCCCCAAGCCACCAAGCAUGCCACAGCCUUCUCCUGGCUUCUUUGCUGGGCCCAGCCAUGUCCCACCGCCGCCGCCUCCAACAGCGACGCAAUCUAGCUUCAGCACCGUGAACCUGGAGGAUCUGUCAGGCCUCGGCGUGUCCCAGCAGGUCCAGCCUUCCGAGUCGGAGGCAGAAACAAGCAUCGCAGAUGCCAUCUUGCACCUUCACUUUGAGGGAGGAGACGCAGGGGCCAUGGAGCUCGGAGGGAUCCUGGAUGACGCCCCGUACACCAGCCUAGAAGGGAUCAACACUGCAGAGUUCCGCCAGCUGCUGACAGAAGGAGCCGGCCCUACCACGCUCCCAGACAGCCAGGGCACCCUGCUUACUUACCCAGAGGCCAUCACCCGCCUGUUCAGCCAACGGAGGGCUGAAGGGGAGCCCGGAGGCGGCGGAGACGGGGGUGGUGGCGGAGGUGGCAAUGGCGGAGGUGGCAACAACAGCUCAACCAACAGCUUCCUCAAUGGUCUUUUGGGGGCCCUGCCCGGUGAGGACAGCUUUUCGUCCAUGGUGGACAUGGACUUGAACUCGCUUCUGAACCAGCUGAACUCAUAAGGAGGCGGUGUGGGGAGACUGCCAGCCAUCCUCUCCGGACAUAAGAGGGCCCUGGUGCUGGCCUUUCUGACCUAGACUCGCAGCAUACUCUCUGCUUCCUGGUGUUUUCGGAUUGAUGCGAGCAGACCAGCCUUUGGGGAGGCUGGGGAACACGUUCUGGCGGGGGAAGAAUCCAUUUCAUGGAAGUAAGACGAUUUGAUUGACCUUCCCAUCCCCCCAGGAUCAGGACUCCUGUGGAGCAAGUGGCCCACAUUGAAAGUAGGAGUGAAGGUUUGUUCUUAUUUGUAGGAGAAGUGAGAGCUCUACAGCUGACAUUUUGAUGUAGACAAGCUUGCAUUCAUUUACUGAAGUUCAAGACUGUUCUCCUUCCGAAACAGAGAAGUAGUACUUAAACAAAAGUGUCCUUAACCGGGGGCGGGGGGACAUCUUAUGGUGAUGGAAAUAAUCCUUCCCUCUUUCCAGUGUGCCUUCUUGCACUCAGCAGCUUGCUCCCUUCUCCACCUAAAGCCACCUAAGUGCCAUACAGAAGUGCACACAAAAAACAUUUGAGGGCUUGGAGGGUCCCUGUGCCUAAGCAGAAAUACCAUGGGUGCACCUUCUGCUAAUUCCUUUCAUUCUUUGACAUUAUGGUGCCUUGAUCAGAACUAUGUGCUGUUACGUUCUGGUGAGACAAGAAUGGUUUUGUAUCUUGCCUUAAAAUGUUGCCCCAGGACAGGACCUGCCUGAUGGAAAGGUUUACAGGCUAUGAUCCUGAAUGCCACUUGCAGAGUGCAAUCCUCUCAAGUGUCCUUACAUGGGAUAUCUCUUCCGUCCCUUGUGCUGCCAUAGCUUCUCAGUAUCUACAUGUGUCUGCGCUUGUAGUGGUCAAGGGGUAUUGAAAAGACAGAUGUGGCCUUCAAGUUCUCCAGUGAACAGCCACACACUCCCUGGGUUCUCCCCCAGAUAUUGAAUGGUAAUGAAUGCAGUAGGGUUAGGAAGUUGCUUUGUGGGUGGGGCGCUGGGCAUUGCAUAAGGAAGUAUUAAAUGCUGCCUCCUGCAAUGUUCCAAGAUAAUGCAUUAUGCCAUAUGAUGAUUCCAGCCAGAGCAGACUUCUGCCAACUUCCAUUGUUCAAAAGACAGCACCCUCCGGAUAGUUUGGACUGCCAAGGGUCACUGUCUCUAGAUAGCAUCAUAACUGGCCUUGGUGGUUGGAGAUGAUAGGUGCUAUGUGGCGGGUGCUAGAUUAGAGAUGGCUAUCCCUCAGCCUCUUCCCUAUAGUCAGUGGUGAGAGCCAAUGGGAGUUGUAUUUCAGUAAUACCUAUAGGAAGAACCUUCUCCAACUGGCCUUCAAGCCAUAACAAGAGGGACCAGUGCGACACAAUGGAGGCAAAGGGUAGAGAAGCAGCAGAGGCAGAUUUAUUGGCUUGGUUCCCCUGAGAUGCGGAUAAAGAGGGAGAGGCUUAGUGGGUGACAGCAGGUUUCUCCUUCCCUCCUCUGUGACCAUCUCCGAUCAAAAGUCCCUUUUGUUCGGUCAUGGAAGUAGGAUAAGGAAGCAUCUAAUGGCUUUUAGUGCUGGAGUCAGCUUCUGCUACCUUCAGUCUGGUUGCAGGAUGGAGGUUUCCCUCUUUUCUGUUUCCAGCCAAAUAGAAUGAGAUUGAGAGGUGGCCACAACGACAGAGGGGACCCUUCCCUGGUGAGAAAUCAGAAGGAACUCAAUCCAUAAACUGGUGUGCCCCAAAGUCCUUAAAGAGCAGCAAAUACCAAAUUUGGGGCAGUAUUCUAGUUAGGUCACUACCUUAGCUAUAUAGCUAAGUAGAGUCUCCCUGUCCAGCUCCACAAAAGGUGACUUUACCAGGCAUAAGCCUUGUGGAGGAAGGGGGUCCGUUCUACUGGAGAUUGGACCAUGGCGAAUGACGUUUCAAAUCAUGCUUCUACCAGCGAACAAGGCUACUGGAAACUUAUUACAAGGAAUCAGAAGGGUCUUACUUCUGGUUGUUGCAACCUUGCAAGAGGGGAUAGAAAGGUUAUCCACCAGCACCCUGAUAAAGAAGGCUUGGGGGUAGUUACAAUUGUGACAGUAGUGCCAUAUUUGUGACUAUGUAAGAACCAGGACUACAGAUCCACCGUGGAUGUGUAACUAUGAUACUCAUCCUGGAUCCCAUUGCUUGGCUCUUACUUGGCGACUAGGUAGGGAAUUCUGGGGCUCGCUCUCCAAAAUGGUAACCUUUUUCAAGCUUUGGCUCAGUCUAGGGUGGGAAGUGGCUUGGAAACGCACUUGGCAAGGCUUGAGGGGAAAGGCUUUUGCCAUCCCUCCCAAUCCUGCGUCCUACAGAAGCGGGAAGGGGUUCUUCGUCCCCUUUUCUGAAAGCUUUCUAUGCCUUGUUUCCUUUUUAUACUCUGCGUUUUUUAAGUGUGUGGAUGUGUGAAGAUACUUUAACCACUGUUACUAUUACAACUGCAUUGCCUUCCCUCCCUUUUUUUGGUAUUGAAAGUCGGCCAUCUUUUUGCUUUCCAACCUUUCAAUUUCCUUGAGCACGUUCCUAAUAAAACUGAAGCCUCAUCUUGAA